CACUUCAGUUCCCAGGCUCGGGCUCCACCUCACUCUGAGCUUUUCUCUACCCUCCACUCUCCACUCUCCACUCUCCAGGGACCCUGUCCCUGUCCCAGGGACGCUAGUCCUCCAAGAGACCCUCUCUUCCUUAAGAUCUUCCUUUCCACUGACUUUCAUCUGGGUCCCCUUCUUCUCCUGAGCCUUGUAGCCCACCCAGAUUCCAGGACUGCGUUGUAUGCUCGAGCCCCCACCUUCAUCUCAGAUCCUCAGCCCUUGCCCUUCCCUUUCCCUGAAGCACUGGGGCACUGCCUUCUGCCAGAGUCUUCUCUUCUGCUCCUGGAAGAAAGGGUGAGAGGGGAGAAGUUUCUCUGAGGCUAAUCUCCACAUUACUGUGAAGAAGCAUCCUGCCUGGGCAGAAAGGACACAGAUAGAGCCCAUGCCCCCUGAACUGCUCAAGUGGUGGGGGUAGUCGGUCCCAACUGUCUUCCAACUUAUUGCACCGCAGCAACAGUCCCUCUUGAGACAUUUGAUGCCUUAACCCCAGGAUGCUGGAAACCCUGUACGAGUCAUUUUGGAACACUGAAUACUGGAUCCCCCCUGGGCACACUUGGGCUGACUUGGAAGAUUCAGAUGGCAUCACAUACCCUCAUCCCAAAGACCUGCUGGCAGCCAUUCCCCUGACGUUUGUCUUAAUUGUCAUUAGAUAUGGUGCUGAGAGAGCCAUAGGGCUACCUUUGAGCAGAGCCCUGGGUGUGCGUAAUCCCAUCAGAAUCAGUGCUACGCCCAACCCCAUCCUGGAGUCAUUUUUCCAGAAACAGAGAAAAAAUCCUGAAAAGUAUGAGCUGAAUCACCUAGCCAACCAGUGCAGCCUCUCUGUGAGGCAAGCCCAGCGCUGGUUUCGACACCGGAGAAACCAGGAACGACCAUUAAUAAGCAAGAAAUUCUCUGAAUGCUGUUUCAGAUUUUUAUUUUACUCGUGUUCUUUCUUUGGAGGCUUGCUCAUCUUCUGCAAUGAAACCUGGUUUGGCCAGCCAGAGACAGUGUGGAAUGGAUACCCUAAGCAGCCUCUGCAGCCUGCCAUAUACUGGUGGUACCUCCUGGAGCUCAGCUUCUACCUCUCCUUGCUGCUCACUCUGACCCUCGAUGUGAAGAGGAAGGACUUCAUUGGGCAGGUCAUCCACCAUUUUGUUACAAUCACUUUGAUCUUCUUUGCCUAUUCUGCCAACUUCGUGAAUGUUGGUGCCCUGGUGCUGCUGCUACAUGAUGUGUCAGACAUCUUCCUGGAGGCUUAUAAGAUGCUAAGUUAUGCACAGUGGAGGCAAGCUCGGGAUGCCAUAUUCAUCUGCUUUACCCUGGUGUUCUUGGUUACCAGACUCAUUCUCUUCCCAAAAAAAGUCCUCUAUACCACCUACUAUGUUGCCCAGACCAGAUCUAAGUUCUUCUUUGGAUACUAUUUUGCCAUUACCCUUCUGAUGGUCCUGCAGGGUCUCAAUGUCUACUGGUCUUUCCUCAUCCUCAGAAUGUUCUACAGGUUUUUAUCAGAGGGCCAGGCAAAGAAUGAUGUGAGGAGUGACUUAGAGGAGCCGGACCUGAGUGAUGAACAGUCAGCAAUGAGACAGCAGAGCAAGGGGAGAAUUUAGUCCAAUGGUGUCAUAGACAUUCAGGCCUGCAGGAGAGUGGGGUUUGAGGAACUGACCAACUUGCCCUUGAUUGUCCCAGUGGCAUAACUUAGUCUAGCUCAGUCCCUGGAUGACUGAUCUCUUGACUUCUUGAAGAUCAAAUCACCCUGGGAAAUGUCUCAGAUUCUGAUUGAAUAUGGAAUCUGUAGACUAAGACCUUUGCUGGACUGGGGCCCUCCAUUUCUGUCUCUGUGUCUGUCUGUCUGUCUGUCUGGACUUCAAGGUGGAGGAGGAAGGAUGCUGAGGAUUUUAUAGUGAAUUUAGUGAUGUUCUUUUGAAUAUCCUUUCCCUCUGAACCCUUGUCCUUGGACUUGACUGCCGAGGUCCUUCCCCAUCAGGAAAACUGUGUGAUUCUUUCUUUCUUUCUGCCUUCACAGCCUUGGCCAGGCUGGAGAUUACAGAGAUAAAGACAAACAAGAAAAGGACAGAAAUCUUUUUCCUGGUUUGUAGAAUUGUGAAUUAGGGAAAUGCCUGUUAGUAAUUUUUAGACAAUUUUUCUAUCAAGCUGUAACAUUCACCAAAUGGAAAACAUAGAAACAAAUUUGUAGCAUGAAAUUAUUUGAGUAUAGCAUACAAAAACUCUAUCCUUGAAGGACCAUUUGAAGGUUAUAUCCUAAUCCUUAGAGCCCCAUUGUCUCCAAAAGAGGAGGGUGGGAAUGUGAGACUGCCACCACAUGUCUUUUGAAAAUGAGCUAAAUGAAAGCAGUGGGCUCUAAAAUUUGAUCACAUGACCCUUGGGAAAAUUAAGAUUUUGAAUGUUACCCUUUGUAAUUGUAAAUCCAUAGUUGAUUUGGUUGAAGUUUGUUCUGAAACUAAAUUAUAUUGUGGUCUCAUUUACACUGGGACAUGUUCUCCUAUUAGGAUUGUUGUAAUAAAUUAGAACUUAGUGGAGAAUAUAUUUGAUAUCAAGGCAAUAGGCUUGGAAAAUACGUGAAUCAGGAAAACCUAUUUCAAAUCCAGUCUCAGAAACCUAUUAGCUCUCUUACCUUAAGCAAGUCACUUCACCUCUG